AUGGAGUAUCAUAAAGAUAACUCCUACAUUGACAGAACUUUCGCUAUUAUCUCAUCAUGGUUUCUCGCUAUAAGCCUGGCUCUCACUGUCUAUUCAUUUUCUUUAAUGAUAUCAAAGCUUAGCGUUAAUAAAGAUAUUAUCAUUAUCAUUGUUGUUAAUGUGGCUGUAUUUCUUCAUGAAAUAAUCGCGCCUUUCCAAUUAAUAGCAAGUUCGAACUGCUCAGAAGCUCAAAUCUCGAACCAGACUUGUGCAGAUGCACCUAGCUUGCUGUAUCUUGCAUAUAGGCGAUGUGCUUUAGUCAUAGUUGAAUUGGAUACACCCGGAUGUUCCUUAUUCCAUUGCUGUGAUAGAUUUGAUCAAGAUAAAGAUAGAAAAGAGAUACUCCAAGAUAUUUGUUGGCAAAAAGUUUUAUUUGCUUUUGAUAUGUUGCAGCUUUGUUCGAUGUGCAUUUAUCGAAUAGUAGGACUUAAAAUUGAAGAAACACCAACUUAUAUUUACGCCGAACUAUGCAGUACGGCAUUUACUGUCUUCGUAAUGACGAGGUUUUGGCAUAUGAUUUCUCGUCUGCAACAAGCAAAGAG